CCAAUCAAAGGUUCCUCAUCGUCACUUCGAUUUGGUACAGCGUUAACUCUUUGUAAAUUAAACCAAACGAAACGCUGUCUUUUUUAUGAACUAAUCCAAAGUGUUUCUUCUCUGAAUCAUGCUCAGGAUUCUCAUAAAAUCCAACUCUUCUAGGAACACCAGCUUCAAAUCCUUUUCUUCAUCAACCUUUUUCAAUACCCAUCUCCGCAAUUCGACAACUUCAGCUUUAAUCUCUUCCACCAGCCUGUUCAAUCCCUCUUCUGGGUCUCAUUCAAACGUUUCCAAUCCUACAAAUUUAGCUAAGAUACAAAAUGGCUACCAUCAGGGUUGUAAAUUUUCUGUUUUGAACUUCCAAAUUGGUUUUAGACCCUUUUUCUCAUCUGGAUAUUUGAUAAAGUUGGUCAGUGUGAGGAAUUAUGGAAGAAACGGAAGUGGAUUUAUGAGGGGUCGAAGAACAAGCUUUUUGGGUGAAUCCAGGAGUUUCUGUAGUGAACCAAACAGAGAGUCUAUUCAGUAUGAUGUUGUUAUUGUUGGGGCUGGACCUGCUGGUUUAUCAGCGGCUAUCCGGUUGAAGCAAUUGUGCCAAGAAAAAGAUGUUGACUUAUCUGUGUGUGUUGUGGAGAAAGGUGCCGAAGUGGGUGCGCACAUCAUUUCCGGCAAUGUUUUUGAACCCCGUGCCCUAGAUGAGCUUCUUCCAGAAUGGAAACACGAGGAGUCACCCAUUAUUGUCCCUGUUUCUUCUGACAAGUUUUGGUUUCUUUCAAAGGAUCGCGCUUUUUCAUUGCCAUGUCCUUUUAAUAAUAAAGGAAACUAUGUUAUCAGUUUAAGUCAGUUAGUCCGUUGGAUGGGAGCUAAGGCUGAAGAAUUGGGAAUAGAAAUAUACCCUGGUUUUGCUGCUAGUGAGAUAUUAUAUGAUUCAAAUGACAAUGUUGUUGGCAUUGGAACUAAUGAUAUGGGAAUCUCAAAAGAUGGUUCAAAGAAGGAAAAUUUUCAGCCUGGGGUAGAAUUGAAAGGACGGAUAACACUUCUUUCAGAGGGCUGCCGGGGAUCAUUAUCAGAGAAAGUACUUAAAAAAUACAACUUGAGAGAGAAGGGACGUGCUCAACAUCAGACUUAUGCUUUGGGAAUCAAAGAGGUAUGGGAAAUUGAUGAGGCCAAGCAUAAACCAGGUUAUGUGCUCCACACAUUGGGAUGGCCCUUGGAUCAAAAGACAUAUGGGGGAUCAUUUCUGUACCAUAUGAAAGAUAGACAGAUUUCUAUUGGUCUUGUUGUUGCUUUGAAUUAUCACAACCCUUUCUUGAAUCCUUAUGAGGAGUUCCAGAAAUUUAAACAACAUCCUGCAAUCAAGCCAGUGCUGGAAGGUGGGACAGUCCUCCAGUAUGGGGCUCGAACUUUGAAUGAAGGAGGUUUUCAGUCUAUCCCAUAUCCAGUUUUCCCUGGAGGAGCAAUUAUUGGAUGCUCGGCUGGCUUCUUAAAUGUGCCUAAAAUUAAGGGAACACAUACCGCUAUGAAAUCGGGAAUGCUAGCAGCAGAAGCUACAUUUCACACACUUCAUGAUGGCUCAAACAUGGAAACUUAUUGGGAUAGUUUAAAGAACUCAUGGAUAUGGGAAGAACUGUACAGAGCUAGGAACUAUCGACCGGCAUUUGAGUAUGGACUUAUUCCUGGCCUGGCUAUUAGUGCUUUGGAGCACUAUAUACUGAAAGGGAAGGGACCCCUCACGCUGAAGCAUGGGAAACCUGAUCAUGAAGCAACAGAUGUUGCACGGAAACAUCAUCCAGUUCAGUAUCCAAAGCCAGAUGGCAUAUUCUCUUUUGAUGUUCCAACUUCUUUACACAGGAGUAACACAAAUCAUGAUCAUGACCAACCUCCUCACCUUCGCUUGAGGGACCCCAAGAUUCCUGAGCUCGUGAAUCUGCCUGAAUAUGCUGGACCUGAGUCACGAUAUUGUCCUGCACGAGUAUACGAGUACAUCCCAGAUGAAAAGGGUCAGCUUAAGUUGCACAUCAAUGCCCAAAAUUGCCUACACUGCAAGGCAUGCGACAUCAAAGACCCGAAGCAAAAUAUUAUGUGGACUGUGCCCGAAGGGGGAGGCGGUCCCGGCUACUCUGUUAUGUAGAAUAAGAACCUGCUUUUGUCUGUCAUAUAAUAUACAAGUUUUAUGCACACUUGGACAUUGUUCUUCGGAAGAAAGAAAAUAAAUAAAUAAAAUCACCAUGGUAUUAUGCAGAAUUAUUAAGUUGUAAUAGUUUAGAUAGCAUUAUGAUUGGGACAGCUUUGUCUGGUAAUUAUGAUGAAACUUUCUUUUGAAAAGUUGAGGCAUCUACUGAUCAGGUAUAAUAUGGCUAUUCGUUUUGAUC